AAAGGCUUUUCGAAAGGUGAAAGAAAGUGCUGGUCGACGCAUCCACCUCCAUACCCAGCAUCGCCAAAUUUCACAGCGACAACCGCCGCCAUGGGUAUCGAUCUCGACCGCCACCACGUUAAGGGCACUCACCGCACUGCCCCCAAGAGCGACAAUGUCUACCUCAAGCUCUUGGUGAAGCUCUACCGCUUCCUGGCUCGCCGAACCGAUGCCUCUUUCAACAAGGUUGUUCUUCGACGUCUGUUUACGUCCAAGAUCAACCGACCUCCCGUCUCCUUGUCCCGCAUUGUCGCCAACAUCAACAAGGAGGGUGAGAAGCGAACCGUCGUUGUUGUCGGUACCAUCACCGACGACAACCGUCUGCUCGAGUGCCCCAAGGUGACCGUCGCUGCUCUGCGAUUCACCGCCACCGCCCGUGCCCGCAUCCUCGCUGCUGGUGGUGAGGCUAUCACCCUGGACCAGCUUGCUCUCCGUGCCCCCACUGGAAGCAACACCCUGAUCCUCCGUGGCCCCAAGAACGCCCGUGAGGCUGUCAAGCACUUCGGCUUCGGUCCCCAUAGCCACAAGAAGCCUCAUGUCGAGUCAAAGGGUCGCAAGUUCGAGCGUGCCCGUGGCCGAAGACGUUCUCGUGGUUUCAAGGUCUAAGCGGUUUCAAGGUGAAAAUUAUUGGCCUUGGGUGGAGUUGGGGCCAGUUUAUGGGGCAAAUGAUGCCGAACAUCGGCUUGCAAAUGGGUCUUGCAUGGAAUUGGCGUGCCUAGGUAUCACAAAAUUCUACAAUGAACUUCUCGCGCAUUGCUGCCGUCAUGAUGGUACUUUCCAACUGAUUGAAACCACUGCACUACAACAUCAUGUAUCGUGAAAAUAUUAAUGUCACACAUUUACCUGGUUCCUAUCGAUGUAAUUCUAUAUAUC